AGCAUGAAGGGAAAUAUUAAUGUCUCGCCAGGAAUGGAGAAGUUCUUGCGGGAAUAACGCGGAGGAAUAAGCACCGGACACAUGUGACGUCUCUAUAGUUUCACUUUUACGCGUCACGGUUCUUGUUUUUCUGCCUUCAUUGACUGUUUGCGACAGCAGCAGCGGCUGCAACGGAGGCGCUGAAAACCCGACAAAAGUCCAAAACCUGCACCUUAUCUUUUGCUUUUUUCACCGCCUGGACCUACUGACAGGAAUUGUCUACACUAGAAAAUGCAGUAGAGGAACCAGCAACGUCACCAUAUUCACCAUCACCACAGUGAACAUAAACAGUAGAUUCCCCCUGAUAUGGCCUCAUCCCCUGGGCUGGAUGCUGACCCAUUACCGCUGCUCCAGCUCCAGGAGGUGGACUCCAGCAAAUCUUUAGAGAGGCUGAACUCCCCGGGACUCCGCCCCCCCGUGUACAGCCCUCCUCUGGGCAUGGACAGCCACACCGUCUGCAUCCCUUCUCCGUACGCGGACAGUAGCCAUGAGUACAACCACAGCCAUGGACCUCUAACCUUCUACAGCCCGUCCAUGCUGAGCUAUGGCAGGCCGCCCAUCACUGACAGCCCGUCGUCUCUGUGCCCCUCCCUCAGCCCGUCAGCCUUCUGGCCCUCCCACAGCCACCCCAACAUGUCCUCACUGACUCUGCGCUGCCCUCAGCCUCUCGUCUACAAUGAACCCAGCCCACAUACACCCUGGCUGGAGACCAAAACCCACAGCAUCAACGGCAGCAGCUCCAUCAUCAGCAACAAGCCACCGGGGAAGAGACCCGGGGAAGGAGCGGAAGGCGUGAACUCCUCCUUGUGUUCGCCUGCAGUAGGAAAAGCGGACAUGCACUUCUGUGCCGUGUGUCACGACUACGCCUCCGGGUACCACUACGGCGUCUGGUCCUGUGAGGGCUGCAAGGCUUUUUUCAAGAGGAGUAUCCAAGGACACAAUGACUACAUCUGCCCAGCCACAAAUCAAUGCACUAUCGACAAGAACCGCCGUAAAAGCUGCCAGGCCUGCCGUCUACGUAAAUGCUACGAAGUGGGCAUGAUGAAGUGCGGUGUAAGGCGUGAGCGCUGCAGCUAUCGAGGAGCCCGACACCGCCGUGGUGGACUCCAGGCUCGGGAUCCAACGGGCAGGGCUUUGGUCCGGGUAGGGCUGGGUUCUCGGGCCCAGCGGCAUCUCCACCUGGAGGCUCCUCUGGCCCCGCCCAACGCUCUGCCUCAGUCCAACCACGCACACCGCUCGGCCAUGAGCCCGGAGGAGUUCAUCUCCCGCAUCAUGGACGCGGAGCCCCCGGAGAUCUACCUCAUGGAGGAUAUGAAGAAGCCCUUCACCGAGGCCAGCAUGAUGAUGUCCCUCACCAACCUGGCAGACAAGGAACUGGUUCUCAUGAUCAGCUGGGCUAAAAAGAUCCCUGGCUUUGUAGAACUCAGUCUAGCCGACCAGAUCCACCUGCUCAAAUGCUGCUGGCUGGAGAUCCUGAUGUUGGGAUUGAUGUGGAGGUCAGUGGAUCAUCCUGGAAAACUCAUCUUCUCUCCCGACUUUAAACUCAACAGGGAGGAGGGACAGUGUGUUGAGGGCAUCAUGGAGAUUUUCGACAUGCUACUGGCAGCCACCUCUCGGUUCCGUGAGCUGAAGCUUCAGAGGGAGGAGUAUGUCUGUCUGAAGGCCAUGAUCCUCCUCAACUCCAAUCUGUGUACCAGCUCCCCUCAGACGGCCGAGGAGCUGGAGAGCAGGAACAAGAUGCUGCGCCUGCUGGACUCUGUGAUUGAUGCUCUGGUCUGGGCCAUUUCCAAACUGGGCCUGUCCACCCAGGAGCAGACUCUUCGCCUUGGACACCUCACCAUGCUGCUCUCCCACAUCCGCCACGUCAGUAACAAAGGCAUGGACCAUCUGUCCACCAUGAAGAGGAAAAACGUGGUGCUGGUGUACGAUCUGCUCCUGGAGAUGCUGGACGCCAACACGUCCAGCAGCAGCAGCCAACCGUCGUCCUCGCCGAGCUCCGACACUUACUGUGACGCGCCGCAGUACCAGCAGCCUCCUUCUCACCCGCAGACGUGUUCAGACCAGACCGCCAUGCCGCCACAUGGAUCAGCUGAUCACCUGCUGGCUCCGCCCCUCCAGGCCUCACCUCCGUUUCAGAGUUUGCCGGUGUCUCACAUGAACAGCGAUGAGUACAUCCACCCAGAGCAGUGGUCUCUGGACCCCGGAGCUGCAGGUCUGUCGGUGGAACCGUCAGACUACAUGAUCGCUGAUCGAGUCGUCAUGGAAACGGCUUUAGAGGGCUGACGGGACUGAAAGACACUCUGAGACUGAACCUUUAAUGGCUUUCCAUCCCUCAAAGAUCGAGAAAAGGAAACAAAAAAAAAGGAUUUAAAAAAAAAAAUGCUUUUGUGAGGUAAAGUUUUUUUCCUGUUGAGAUGUUUUAUAGUUUUUGAAGAAAAAAAAAGAAAGUUUUUUGAUCAAUUGUAUAUUUUGUGUGCGUAAAUAUUUCUUGUGAAUGUGCACUACAGUACAUGAGAACACUGCUGAAUCUCUGCUACUAAGUUGUUUUUUUUA